AUGUUUUACCAAAACAAUCAAUGUUAUGAAAAAUUUAAUUUUGAAUAUUCACAAAGUAUUGAAAGUGAAAAGAAUGACUUCAUUUUCCCUCGUUGCGGAAUGUCUAACUGUAUGGAAGAGUUCUUCAAACACUUCGAGAUCGAGGCUAAUGUUGUUGAAAGAAUCUCAAGAUUCGCAGAUACAAUCAGAACAAGAUCAAAACUUAAUUCGACAAUGAACGUCCUUGAUUUUGGCUGCGAAAGAGGUUUGGUUGGUCUCAGUCUCAUUAAGGAAAGCAAAAAGAUGACAUUCCUUGAUCCAUCAAAGCCUGCAAUUGAACAAGUUCAGAAGGGAGUUGAAUAUCUCAAGGCAGAGAACUACGAGAUCGUUAACAAGAAGAUCGAAGAAUACGAUGGAGAGAAGUUUGAUCUCAUCUUUGCUUCAAUUUGUCUUCAUCAUGUUGAAGAUUACAAAGGCGCACUCGAAAAGAUGCACGCUCUCCUCAACCCAGGAGGGCAGCUUAUUAUCAUUGAGAUUUACACAGGAGUAAUCCCAGAUAAUGUUCCAAUUCCUCAUCACGGCUUCGAACCAAAUGUUUUGGUCACUGCUCUCACUGAAAAAGAUUUCAAGGACAUCAAAUGGGAAGAUUUUGGUUCAUUCGAACACCUCAACCAGAAAGUUCCGAUUUACCUCGUUACUGCAAAAGUUUAA